GUGAUUUUUAAUUUCGUAGCUUGGUGAAGGAAACUAGUCCGUGUUUUUAGGAUGAUAUCAAUGAAGGACAAAGCCUCCCGAGCAGGGCCCGCCACAUCACCAACGCCUUGGCAGUCAUCUGAAGGUACGACUUCAGGUAGUCAUCCCACCUCCCAAGCUCUAAUUCGAGCAAAUGCGUCUCAGAAAAUAGAUCACUUAAAGAAAUGGAGUAUUUCAACUUAUAAAUUCACCAGGCAGUAUCUUUCUGAACGUUUUGGUAAAGGCACAAGGACCGUAGACAAAGAACUUGAAGGACAGAUUCUUCUGUUAAAAGAAACCCAAGUAAAGUAUGUUAAUGUUCUAAAACUGGCAAAACAGAUGACGAACCAUUUACAGAAUAUGGUUCAAAGUCAAAGAGGUCUUGCCGAUGCCUUUGCAGAUUUAGGGGUAAAAUCUCCAGAACUUCAGGCUGACUUUAACUACAAUUCUGAGUACCAAAGAUUACUGGUCAAGAAUGGAGAAGUUCUUCUUGGGGCACUUAAGCUUUUUACAUCUAACUUGACGACUCUGGUGCACAAGACCAUAGAGGAUUCCAUCAUGACAGUGAAAGCUUAUGAAUCCGCCAGAAUAGAAUAUGAUGCUUACAGGACAGACCUAGAAUCCAUCCAAGUUGGACCAAGAACAACAACGACAGUUCAUAAAGCUGAAGCGGCAAAGCAGAAGUAUGAUGUCCAAAAAGACAAAUUUGAUCGACUUCGGGGUGAUUUAGCGAUCAAACUCAGAUUUUUAGAAGAAAACAAGGUGAAAGUUAUGCAUAAACAAUUGUCACUCUUCCAAAAUGCAACUACAGCUUACUUUGCUGGAAACAAAGGGGCCCUGGAUGACAGUAUGAAGGAAUUUCAGAACAAAUACAAGAACAAUGAUGGCAAAAAGCCAUUUAUCCUGGAACAUUGA